GGCGAAAUUAGACCUCAGUCCUUGGCAGAUGAGGAUCGUCUCAUUCGCCGACCCUUUCAAGGUCCGAUGACAUCGUCUGCACGGCCCAUGACCGGUGGCUUUGCUUCCCUCACCACCAGUGUCACAAACUCCUCAUUUGCUUAUCACUGAAGUGCAAAAAUUAUUAUUUGCCCCAUAUUUCUCUUAUAUAUUCUAGAUAUAUACGUCUGUCCCGACCCAGACCUAAUUGAUCGCAUCCCUUCCUCCCUUCUCGCUACUCCUCGCGCAUACCGUACCAAAUUCUUGAAUACGAUCCUUCCACGAUGGGUUUGUGCGGGCGUCAGACAGUUGUCCGUCGGAAGAUGGUGCUGCUAGGUGACGGUGCUUGUGGCAAGACUUCGGCCUUGAACGUGUUCACAAGAGGGUUCUUCCCAACAGUAUAUGAGCCGACUGUUUUUGAAAACUAUGUCCACGAUAUUUUCGUCGACAAUGUACACAUGGAAUUGUCGCUCUGGGAUACCGCUGGCCAGGAGGAAUUUGACCGAUUGCGUGCGCUAUCGUACGAGGAUACACAUGUGAUUAUGCUUUGUUUCAGCGUUGACAGCGCGGAUUCGUUCGAGAACGUCGCAUCCAAAUGGGUCGAGGAGAUUACGGAGAACUGCCCCGGUGUUAAGAUGGUUCUCACAGCGCUCAAGUGUGACUUGAGAAAAGAUGAAUUCGAGAAUACCAACCCGAACGCUAUCACGUACGAGCAAGGUCUAGAGAAGGCGAAGGCGAUCGGCGCUGUGAAGUACUUGGAAUGCUCUGCCGUUCAGAAUCGCGGCAUCAUGGAGACUUUUUAUGAAGCAGCCAAGGUUGCCCUUGAAGUGAAAGUCUCGGGAUCGAAUGCUUCCAAGGAAGGAUGUGUCAUCCUGUAAACGGUUCUCCCGUUGCAACUCUUAGCUUCUUUGACGGUUUCUAUCGUUUGUUCGUAUACCCUUUGAUUUGUUUCUUAUCCGUUGCGCCCUUUGGGACUAUCCACGACGAGCUGCAAACGUCCCAAACCGAGUGCAACUGAUCUUUAUUAUGAUGUCAGCUCUUCAGCCUAUUUGUGUGGCUAUUUACUUUUUUCUCUUCUUUAUAUAUACUUUGCUGCAUCUUCUUUCCUAAUUAUGUACGCUUAAUAUUCUGGAAAAGACGAACUGACCCAGCUUGGAAUGGACUCCGGCAAUCACGCUUUACUCAACUGAAUCUUUCUACUGCCGGGUAUCAUGUUUCUGGGUCAAUGGCAGAAGACCAGGAGAAUCAGCUCUAUUUAUUACUAUUGCUAGACCUGCAGAUGUGUACUAUCUACCAAUUCAUGACUCUAAUUUUGGAUUCCAGCUGCAUAGCAUAAUCUACACAGCUCCGAAGCUAGUAUCUAUACAAACCCGCCAACCAACCACCUAAUCCACCCCAAGCACAUCCUCCUCCGUAACUCUAUACACCCCCUCAAUCUUCUCCCCCUUCGCACCUUCACCACAAGCAAAAUCCUGAUUUAUCCUCUCCACAAACGCACUUACAAACCGCUCCG